CACGGUUUCUUGUCCCGCCUCCGUCGUCCUCGUCUCUCUGACAUAUCGAGCACUCAUAGACAUCAAAACCUAACGAUUUUGAGACUCUAGGGCACAGGAAUGGAAUUUCUUCACGCGCAGCUUGCGACGCUGCAGCGUCAUUUGGCAUUUGUAGCAGUUGAUCCUAUCGACUGGAAGUUCUAUGUACAAUUAUCGAGUUGGGGCAUUUGUCUGUUCGAAUCAUACCUUCUCUUGCGCCAAUACCCUUUAUAUUCAAAGCUUUCGCCACCAGCACUCCUCGCUAAUCAUUUCAAGCCUGGGGUCUUCGAGAAAUCUCAAGAAUAUGGAAAGGAUAAAGCAAAGUUCUCUCUCAUCGCUGGUCUGUAUAGGCAAAUACUGGAUACUGUUCAGAUCCAAUCCGCGUUGUAUUAUCCCUGGGCGUGGAGUUUCGCUGGGCAGGCUAUACAAAAGUUUGGAUACGGGCCUGAAUACCAGAUUUCCCAAUCCAUCGUCUUCGUGGUUGUUUUGACCUUGACGUCGAUGAUUCCUACUCUGCCAUUGGGGCUUUACCAAACGUUCGUCCUCGAAGAAAAACACGGCUUCAACAAGACCACUCCGGGUUUGUACGUCGCCGAUAUGCUCAAAGGUUGGGCAAUCGGAUUCGUCCUCGGUGCACCCUUGCUGGCCGCAUUUCUAUACGUCUUCGAGUGGGCUGGCGACCGAUUCGUUCCUUGGCUCAUGGCACUUCUGCUCGGCUUCCAACUUCUCAUGGUCAUCAUCUACCCGACUGUUAUCCAGCCUCUCUUCAACAAGCUCUCUCCGCUUGCUGAAGGCGACCUCCGUAACCGCAUUGAGGGCCUCGCGAGCAAGCUGAAGUUCCCUCUCAAGCACCUCUACGAAAUCGACGGCUCGAAGCGUAGUUCGCAUAGCAAUGCAUACUUUUUCGGUCUACCUUGGAGUAAGCACAUCGUCAUUUUCGACACCCUCAUCAAACAGUCCAAGGCUGAGGAGGUAGAAGCUGUCCUCGCACAUGAACUUGGCCAUUGGUUCUACUAUCACCCUACAAAGCUCCUCCUGAUCUCUCAAAUCCACAUCUUCUCCAUCCUCGCUCUAUUCCCCGCCUUCCUCCAUGCGCCACCUCUCCUCCGCUCGUUCGGUUUCCCAGCCGACGUUGCCGCCAACCCGCCCCCGAUCAUCGCCUUCCUCCUUUUCCAGAUGGUCCUCACCCCGCUCGAGGCGGUCGUCAGCAUGGCUCUCAACGCCGUCUCCCGGCGGUUCGAAUACCAGGCCGACCGCUUCGCAUGCGAGCUCCGCACGCAGCUCAAAUCAGACGACAUGGCGGACAUGGGCGCGCGCCUCGGCCGCGCGCUGAUCGCGCUGCAUGUGGAAAACCUAUCGACUGUCUGGGUCGACUGGCUGUACUCGGCGUACCACCACUCGCAUCCGACGCUGACAGAGCGCUUGAAGGCCCUGGAGGUGUUUGGAGGGGCGAUCGUCAGCGAUGAGGCCGAGAAGAAGCAGGAGCUGUGAUUCGCUCACGGUGCCCUCGCAAGAUGGAAUGAUGGAGGUGUGCGUAGUUGACAGCAUUAAAGAGAUAUCUUGUAUCGCAAGUGGGCCGCUAUCGCAUCAAAGCCGCAUUUGGACGAUC